AUGACUGUCGUUCCACCACCGCCGCUACCAGCAUCAUCUCGACCAGCAGAUGCUGAAAAGGGCAAGGUCGAACAUGCAGGCGGCGGCCCGGAUCCUAACCUAGUGAAAUGGGAGGAAAACGACCCUGAGAACCCACAUAACUUUUCGACAGCGUACAAAUGCUGGAUCACGUUUCAGCUAGGAUUAUUGGCGUUGAGCGCCAGUCUAGGAUCGAGUAUUAUCUCUCCGGCGGAGACCGAGCUUAAGGCUUAUUUGAACAUUGGGACGGAAGUUAGUAUUCUUCCGGUGUCGCUUUAUAUUCUUGGCUUCGCCUUCGGCCCUCUGUGCUGGGCACCCAUUUCCGAACUCUUCGGCCGCCGGUGGUCGAUGCUGCCGGCGGUAUUCGUCCUCGGACUAUUCAGCAUCGGCACCGCAACCAGCAAAAACACAGCUUCAAUUCUCAUCACCCGAUACUUCGCGGGUCUAUUCGGCUCUGCACCAGUCAGUAAUGUUUCCGCCGCGCUCGGCGAUAUCUUCCACAUGAAGGCGCGCGGCAUCGCCAGCACCUCGUACGCCAUCUGCGUCGUCGGCGGCCCAACCAUGGGGCCCAUCAUCGGUGCCGCGCUCGUCUCGAACCCGCACCUGGGAUGGCGCUGGACCGAGUACAUCGAGGCCAUCAUUGUAUUCUUCAUCUUCGGCAUCACUUUCUUCUGUCUGCCAGAGGUAUACGGCCCGGUGCUGCUACACCGCAGGGCGGUGCGUAUGCGCAGGGAGACCGGGAAUGAGGAACUGUAUCAUCCGCAUGAACACAUCAAUGUGGACGUACAUAGUAUCGUCACAAAGCAUUUCUCGCGUCCGCUGGUCAUGCUUGUCACUGAGCCAAUGGUCACAGUGAUUGCGCUGUAUGCGUCGUUUACGUAUGCGUUGCUGUAUCUUACCCUUGAGGUGUUUCCGAUUGUUUUUGAUGAUAUUCGCCAGUGGAAGCCUGUUGUUGCUACGCUGCCAUUCAUCGGUCUGUUCGUCGGUGUUCUGCUCUCGUCGGCCUUUAUCAUCUUCAUCGGCCAGCCAUACUACAUCCGCAAGUGGGAGGAAGGUGGCGGCAAGCCUGUCCCCGAGGCGCGUUUGAUGCCCAUGGCUGUUGGCGGGUUUUUGUUCGCCGGUGGUCUGUUCUGGUUUGGGUGGACCGCUGAGCCGAAGUAUUCGUGGGGAUUGCCGGUUGUGGCGGCGAUGGUGUUUGGAUGUGGGUUUUGUAUUAUCUUUGGCCAGUGUAUAAAUUUCCUGGUUGAUACGUAUGGGCCCUAUGCGGCGUCGGCGACGGCUUCGAAUACCUUCCUGCGAAGUGUGUUGGCCGCGGCGUUUCCACUGUUCUCGCAGCCCAUGUUUCGCAAUUUGGGGGUUGGGCCGGCAAUGUCCAUUUUGGGGGGUAUUGCGGCGGCGGCCAUUCCGGUGCCGUUUUUGUUUAUGAUUUAUGGGGUUAGGUUGAGGAAGAUGUCGAGGUUUGCGCCGUUUAAAGGGUAG